UUUUUGCCUCUUGCUGGAAACUGAAAGUUACUCAAUAAACAUGGACUCCAAGCCUCAGAGCAAGACAAUGGCUUUGGAUGUCAGGACGUGGGAGCAGAUAUUUCAAGAACUGAUCUGGCAGGAGAAACCCCGGGCCAGAUGGACGCUGAAGUUGGAUGGGAACCUGAAGCCAGACUGUGUGGCCCCAGGGUGGAAGCAAUAUCGGCAGAGAGGAUUUGGCAGGUUCCAGUGUUCCUCAUGCCAACGAAGGUGGGCUUCUGCCCAAGUGCAGAUUCUAUGUCACAUGAAAUUGGAGCCCCGGAAGUCCCAGGGGCAGGUGCUUAUGAGGACUUUUGCUCAGAGGUGCCGGAAGUGUUCCCGGUCUCAAUUUGAGAAGCCUGAGUUCUCCCUGGAUAGCACCCAGAGGAUUCUGAACAACCUGGUACAGCAUAUUCUAGAAAAAUUCUACAGAAAUGGCGUCAAGGUUUCAGAGAUACCAGUGAAACUGGAGGUGCCUUUGGAUGGGUCCCAUGACACAGCCAAUUGUGAGGCAUGCACCCUGGGCUUCUGUAUGAAGAACUUACAAAACUGCAUGACAGAGCCAUCCAAAUCCCCUCUAUCCCACAUGGAGAUUAGGAGUUCCUCUGAUUGCAUUGGUGAUGUGUGUGGCCAAAACCUACCCAGGAACCGGUCAGCAGAGGCAAAGGAGACUCAGGGGAGUGGGUAUUCCUGUGCUCAUAAGGGCUCAAGGCCUAGCCAUGCUGCUGCAAGGACCCAAGUGCCUGGGGCAGAUCCUCAGCCCAAAGGGGACACAGGCCAACUGCUCACACCAGGGGCAGACCGGCAAGCCACACGGGGAACAGGCCCCCAGUCCAUUCGAGUAGCAAGAUUACUUCCCUCAGAGUGGACAGACCCACAGCCCAUACAAGAAGGAGGCCCACUACCUGCAGGGUGGGGACAUUCACAGUCCACACUGGGGACAGGACCAAAGGCCCCAUGGAAGACAUAUUCUCAGGCUGUAAGGAUGAAAAGCCAACAGUCGGCACAGGAGGAACAAGCCACACAAGGGGCAGGUCUUCAGGCCACAAGGGUGACACACCCACAGCCCACGAAGGGGACAAUCCCAAGGGCCACAUCAGGAUCAGACACUCAGGCUACAGGGAAGGCAGGCACCCCAACACUAGGGUCAAACCCACAGCACACACAGGGGGCAAUCCCAAAGGCCACAGCAGCGUCAGGCACUCAGGUUACAGGGAGGGCAGGCACCCCAACACCAGGGUCAAACUCACAGCCCACACAGGGGGCAAUCCCAAAGGCCACAGCAGGGUUAGGCAGUCAGGCUACAGGGAGGGCAGGCACCCCAACACCAGGGUCAAACUCACAGCCCACACAGGGGGCAAUCCCACAGGCCACAGCAGCAUCAGGCACUCAGGCUACAGGGAGGGCAGGCACCCCAACACCAGGGUCAAACUCACAGCCCACACAGGGGGCAAUCCCAAAGGCCACAGCAGCAUCAGGCACUCAGGCUACAGGGAGGGCAGGCACCCCAACACUAGGGUCAAACUCACAGCAGACACUGAAGGCAGGCCACAAAUGUGGGCCUGGGACCUACAGCGGAACCCAAGCUGCCUGGGGCAGGCAGGAGGGGUGCUCACCCAGAGGGGCUGCUUCAGACAGCAUUUGCAGAGUCUCUCCCUCAAGGCUACCAAAUGAUUCCCUUGGCCAAGAGCAGUUGUUCAGAUUGGGCUAUGUCUGUGUUGUUGCUCUGUUUACCUUUCUUGUAUCCAGAUACUUAUAACAAAGAAACGUUAUGAUGAAACCAAAAAUGAAGACUUCUCUUCUCUUGUCUUAAUUCCAUAGUAAUCAGUGAAUUGGCUGCCAUUUUAAUAUUGACAGAGAAUUUGCUCUGAGACCAAUGCAGGAUCAAGUUUAUAGAAUAAGCACUGGUUUCUGGACCUCCUUUGCAGAUAGUUCGAAACAUGACCUAUCAGAUAAUGGACCCAAUAAUGAAUAUUUGUUAAAUCAUUCGAAGGUUUUGGCUCAUUCAUUCACUCAUUCAUUGAUAUCAAUAUAUAUGUAGACCAUAGGCUGACAAGAACUAAGGGUUCUGAGUGUUACCAGAAAGUUAUUGUAGUAGACUGAAUAAUGGUUCCCCGAAGAUAUCCAUGUCCUAAUCUCCAGAACCUGUAAUAUGUUUGUAAUAUAUAAAGUAUAUAAUACUUUACGUGGCUAAAGGGACUUUUCAGAUGUAAUUAAUUUAAGGAUCUUGAAACAAGGAGAUUAUCCUGGAUUAUCCAAAUGGACCAAUGUAAUCACAAGGGUCCUUAUACGAGGGUUAAAGUCAGAAAAAAAAUUUUAAGGAUACAAUCAGAGAUUGAAGUGAUGAGCUCUGAAGAUAGAGGAAGAGGCCAUGAGUCAAGGUAUACAGGCAGCAUUUAGAAGCUCAUAAAGGCAAAGAAAUAGAUUCUCCCCUACAGCCUCAGAAGGAACCAGCUCUGCUGACACAUGACGUUAGCCCAGUGAGACUGAUUUUAGAUUUCUAACCUCCAGAACUAUAAGAUAGUAAGUUUGUGUUGCUUUAAGGCACUGAAUUUAUGAUAAUUUGUUACAGUAGCAACAGGAAACUAAUACAGUUAUCAAUAUCACUGCAGAUAUCAGGCAAUUAUGUUUUAGGUAUGCUUCAGUUUUAACAACAACAAAAGAGUGUUUUAUUGAUUAGAAAUAUUAAUAUACCUAUCCCCUCUUAUUCUUUUUCCUCUCCUACUUAAACCCACCCAAAUAUCCCAAUCCUAAAGAGAUUUUCUAAAGAGUCAUCAAAUCAAAGGAAACCUGUUUAGGAUGGAGAUAUUUGGGUGGGCUUAAGUAGUUUGGUGACCAUAGGAGUUAUCAUAUUCUUUCACUCCUUCCAGCACUGGAGUGGGAAGCAUGUAAGAACUUGCCAGUCCUGAGAUCUUGUGACACAUGGCUACACCUUUCACUACCUAUUUCCAUAUGUCUGCUAGACAUUUCCACAUGGUUCUCAUAUCGCCGUAUCUACAUCCUCACAUUCAAAACCACGCUCAUCAACGUCUCUGACUUUCCUGUUCUAAUUUGCCCUAGUCAUCCAAGCUUACCUCAGUCAUAUUUAAUGUCUCCUCCUUGUCACCAGUGCUUAUUGUCCCUUCUUCUGUCAAGUUAUUCCUUAUCCACUGUUCCCCUAUAAACCCUUCUCCUCAAACAGUUCAGGAAUUUGAAUUAUUGAAAUAAUGAGGGGAUUUGGAUUUUACCUCAUACGUAAUGGGGAGUCAUUGCAAACAUCUGAGACUAUGGGCAAUCUGAGUAGAAUCAUAUUUUGAAAACACCAUAUAUUUCUGGGAAAUAAUAGAGUAUAGGAUAGAAACAGUGAGGAGUCUGGCUUGAAAAAGAAGAGUGGUAAACACAUAGAAAGGUUCUUAUAGAUAAUAAAUAUCUUGAAGGAAUUUGAAGACAGUGAAACACAAGAUGCAGGAAAACCCACGGAUGAAAACCUUUCCUUUUUUCCUAACCACCUCUUUUCAUUUCCUCUCAGGCCACUCUCAUCAGUACUCUGCUUUUAUAUAUUCCCACAUCCCCAAAGCACGCUACUAAAUGUGUGCAUUCCUCUUGUUUUCAUACCUUUUUGGUUCUUUCACAAAGAACAUUCACCUGGAGACUAGAGAUUUUAUUUCUAGCUUGGUUGUGUAAUAUGACCUGGGGUAAGUCAUCAUCCUUCCCUGAGCCUCAGCUUCUCCAUCUCUAUAAUAGGUUAAUAACUUCUAAUUAAACAUGGUGGAUUGAACAUAUGCAUUUCCUUCUGAUCACGCUUGCAAUCCUACUGUGUGAUGUAAAAGGGGGAAAAGGGCAUCAAUACACAAGGGCAAAGAGAAUGGCUAGAAGCUAGAAAACUGAUGGACUAGUGAUAGGGAAAUGACUUAGCAGAGUAGAGAAAUCUGGAAUAGAAGUUAGGCAAGGGAAAACUGAGGUGCAAGGCAAAUGAUGUGGUACAAUUUCAGAAAAACUAAAAAACUGUAGGCAAUAAGUAGCUCUGAAUGUGGGUAUUAGGAAGCCUGAAGUGGGAGGAUUGGUUGAAAGCCUCUAUAUAAAUUUCCUUUUCCCCACUCCUAUGCAGCCUGGUAACUACUCUUAACUUACUCCAGGAUGAACAGUGGAGGUUUAUUCUCUGAAGACAUUGACCCAAAGGGACUCUGGGCUCAGGGACUCAGGCAUAGUUAAGGGAGGGAGUACCACCUAGCAAUCAGAAAGACAGUGAAAGUUUACAUACUGAAUAGAUGCACUCCCUUAGCCCGCUACCAAACUUAGAAGGCAGCAUUAUAUCCUACCCAUCGUCCCCUCAAAUACACGGAUAAUGGACAGUUCCUCAUUGGGAAAACUGAUCAGCUCAACAGAAAAAAAAAAAAAAACCCACAUACUGAAAUGGGGGAAGGGGGUCUGUCCAAUGGAAUUACCAACUCAGAUCAUGUAGUACUGUAGCACAUAUUUAUUGAAAAAAUCUGCAUGUUAGUGGACUCAUGCAGUUCAAAUCCAUGUUGUUCAAGGGUCAACUAUAUAUAAACUAUUAGAAAUAAUAAGGGGAACAAUUAUGUGCGUAAGGAAAGUAGGAUGUGAUUUUGGCUAAGAAAAGGUAUGAGAUAUGGAGGUGCUUUUUUGUUAACAGAAAAGAAAGUAAAUUUGUCCUAAAGUAAAACUGGCUAUUUUAGAAUGAAAUGAGGAAAAUAGAGAAGCAGAGGACAAAUUAAGGGUAUAUAUACACAUAUAUAUAUUAGAGAAAGAGAGAGAGAAGGAUUUUAUCUUGUCUAAUCAAGUUGGCUAAAAUUGAAUUAUUAAAAGGGUUUUUAAAAUAAAACUAAAUCUUGAAUUUCUUUUUUAAUCUACUGAAAGGACAAAGUUUUACUGGAUUGUUGGUAUGCUCCUGAUAAGAGAUUGUGAAAAGUUUUUCUUUACCUAUUAAGUAAUCUGGCUAAAAAACAGAAGUUCUAUGUUCUAUCAAAAUAAUUUCCUGUGCUUCAUGUAGUCUCAAUAAGAUCUUUGAUAACUGAAUCUUCUCAGUGCUAAGAGUAAAGUUUUGUUAACAACUAUGUAACCUUCUGCAUUUGCUUUUGAAAUACUUUAUCACUUUGUCAAAUAGAUGAUUUAAGUAUUGUUUCAUAAUGAUCUGUAAUCUUAUUUAGUCGAGUCCAAACCUGUUGAUAUUUUUGACAAAUUUCCCAAAAUUAAAAUCUAAAUGUAGUCUUUUGACCUCAGACUAACUUUGGGACUUCCCAGAGGGCCUCUGGAAUGUCUCAAAAGAAUGUCUCCUCUACAAGGAGAGAUGCUGAAUUAAUUAGGUUUGUUUGAUAUGUUGGAUUACAUAGGAAGCAUUGCCAAAUAAAUGAUACUAAACCUCCUUA